AGCCGGAGCUGCUUCUCUCUCUGCAGGCUUCGUCUUUCAAUUUACUCUUCUCUCUUUUUUUCUAUAUCCGUUGAGCAGCCAUGUCGAGUGGUCCUGCUGAACUGCUUGUCCGUCUAGAUACAUCGGCGCUGGAGAGCCGCCUCAACGGCCUCACCGACCAAUGGGAGGGUCCGUUGCGGGGAAUGCGCACCAAGGUAGACGACUGCAGCGCAGGCGUGCGGGCCGUCUCGGCGGACGUGGCGGCCAUCCAACGAUUUCUUCUUUCCUACCACAACCGCGAAAUGCUCUCCGCGCUCUCCGCAACGGGCAACGACAGCAGCGGGGAGAGGAGUGCGGAUGCGCCGGUCGACCCGCUCGAGGAGUGCGCCACUCCCUCUACCGAUGCCACCGCGACGGAGAACCUGCUCAAGACGGUGACCAUUGCCCGCCGGCUCCUCGCCGACAACGAAGCGCUGCGUACGUCGCUCGACAACGCGACGGCGGCCCUCGUCUCGUUCAACACAACGCAAGAAAGCCUUAAGCAGGAAGUCACGCGUCUGCGAGAGUUGACGACGACACAGUCGGAGCGGCUGCAGAACAUGUCGGACUGGCUCGGCAUGAGUGGGCUGCCAAUGAACAUGGGGGCAGCGGACGAUAAUAAGGCAGGUGAGGCUUCGGGGCAGCCCGGUGGCCCACCCGGAGCGUCUGCCGACGGUCUCUCUAAGUCAACCGAGGCCGUGCUCGCCCGCUCACCGCUGCUUCUGUCCUUCCGACGCUUUCUCCUCCGCGACCUGACGGAGCGACUGGUGUCGGUGGUGGAUCAGCAGUCGAAGGACUUCCACGACUCCAUCGCCCACCUCGAGGGCAGAAUACAAUCGGGCCAAUGUGUCGUCACGAGCGGCGACCCCCAGCAUGGCGGCGAUAGCAAUGGCAAUUUGCUCGAGACGGUGCGGACGCUGUCGAAGCAGGUGAAGGAGCUCGAACAGCAGGGCAUAAAGCGCGACGAGUUCACCUCAUUGAUGCGCUCCAAGGCGGAUUCCCUGCUUCUACCCGUCAAGGCGGACAGCGCGGCAGUCAGCGAGAUGGAGCGGCGGCUCGCCACACGCUGCGGCGACCUCGAGGAGCGUUGCGCCUACGCGGACUCCGAACGUGCGGAGUUCCGCGCCAUCUUGCGCUCCCUCAUCGCCGCCCAGACCGCCGCAAUCAACGCCUCCGUCUCCUCUGGCCCAACGUCUGCUGACCAGGCGGCGCCUACCGCUGCGGCGGAUGGCUCUCCCCAACUGGCCGGGCAGACACCAGCCGCGAUUCUGCGCGAUCUGCUGCCUGCCCUUACCCGCGGCCCCUCGGCGGCGGUGCUUGGACGACAGAAGUCGCAGUCAUUUCACUCGGCGCGCGGGGCACCGCCGUCCUCAUCGCUCUCUUCGCCCUCGCUGCCACCGCCGCGGCAGCAGCAGCUGUACCGAGUGGUGGGUGCGUCGCAAGGGCUGGGCGUACAGGGUGUGCCCGUGCCGCUGCCGACCGGCGCCGGGGCCGCACUGUACGAAGCGGCAGCACCCCCCGCCAGCACGUCCGGCACCCGCGUUGACGCCACGCGCUCUCAAUCGACGCCGUCAAAGGGGGACGAGGAGGCAGCGGUGGCUAUCGGGAUGACGGCCUCGCAGGGUGACUACGCUAGCUACGUCUCGCAGCAGCUCAAUCGCAAGCUUGUUGCGUCGCUACCUACGCUGCCGUACGAGCGUAUGGCCAACUCGCAGUAA